AUGGUGAUUUAUUCCAUUUUCCUUGCUGAUUUGAAAGAUGGGCGCUGCCCCAACACCAACGAGGUUCACUUGCUGAGGGUUUGGGAGGCCAGAAAUGUGAGGAAAGGCGGUGAGCUCAUGAGUCUAGACAUGCUCCUCAUCGACGAGAAUGCAGCGUCUCAGCAAAGGGUCAGUUUACAUGUUGAGCGGGUUCGAUGUAACACGCAGAAACCCCAAUUUCCGGAUGUUGGAUGCUACCUUUUCCAUUCGGUUCAAUAA